CAGACACGGCGGCAUUCAACAUCGCGAGAUGUGGUGAUACACUACAACGACCGACGGUGUGAGUGGAAAGUUCGCAACCCUGGCAACCCACAUGGCUCUGGGGUUGAGCGCCGGGCUGGGGACCGGAUCCGGAGGGGCCCCAUCCGAGACCUCGUCGUCGCCCGGAAUCAGUGUGCCUAUUCCCGUUGCCCCAGCUCCCCUGAUCCCCAACCCGAUGUUCGCGUUACCCACUUUGAACUUUACGGUCAACCAAGUGGCUGCUGUGUGUGAAACUCUGGAGGAAAGCGGUGAUAUAGAACGUCUGGCGAGGUUUCUGUGGUCCUUGCCCGUAGCCCAUCCGAAUAUUGGGGAGCUCAACAAGAACGAAGCGGUGCUAAGAGCAAGGGCAAUCGUCUCUUUCCAUAGCGGGAACUUUCGGGAAUUAUACUCCAUCCUGGAGUCUCAUAAAUUCACCAAAGGAUCCCAUGGAAAGCUACAAGCCAUGUGGUUGGAAGCCCACUACCAGGAGGCGGAAAAGUUGCGCGGCAGGGCGUUGGGACCUGUGGACAAGUACCGAGUGCGUAAAAAGUUUCCUUUGCCGAGGACUAUUUGGGACGGAGAACAAAAGACUCAUUGUUUUAAGGAACGGACUAGGAGUUUGUUGAGGGAGUGGUACUUGCAGGAUCCAUAUCCGAAUCCCACGAAGAAAAGGGAGUUGGCUCAAGCUACGGGCCUGACUCCGACGCAAGUGGGGAAUUGGUUCAAGAAUAGGAGACAACGAGAUAGGGCCGCAGCCGCUAAGAAUAGGUAA